AUUCCUGCAACCCUAGUGAGCCACCGUUGAACUUCAUCUCGAGACUGGGAGUGGGCGACGCGACGAGGACGACGGCAAUCAAUUAACCGGAGAUAAGUUCCAGACUGUGGCGGACGCCUAAAUUUGUGUUUGUUCCACGCCUCUUAUUUAGCAGACGCGGGCAUUUCCCCAUGCCAUGAGAGUUUCUUCAGGAUCUAGAUGCUACAAAUCAUUUCACUCUUCGAACUUCCAGUCUUUCCAUACCGGGGCGCCUCCAAAACCCCCAAUAAACCCUAGCUGGGUCAGCUGCACAGUUUCCUCAUCCGGCGCAUGUCGAAACUUUCAUGUUAAUUUCCAUCUAUUUGACCUUAUGAAGCUUUCAGUUCGCUCUCGCCACUGCUUUCCAGAAAUUAGGGAAUUAGUAAAACCUGAAUUGAGUUCUACGAGAUGUUUGUCAUUGGGGAAAUUUCGAAGUUUUUCGAGUUCCCACCCUCUUAAAGAUGAAGGAGUGAGAUCUGGGAAUAAACUUCCUUGGUUAGCAAAGUCAAAAUGGUCGGAGAAAUCAUCAGGAAAGACGGGAAGAGACCAAUCGUCUUGGAAGGAUUCAGAUACGAGGUCAGGAAAGAUGAGAUCUUCAUGGGGCAAUCCAGCAAAGACAUUUGGGAAGAAAAGUAAUAGGUCAUCUGGGGAUAAAUCAGAAAAGAGAUAUGGCCAAUCGCCAACUAGAACUGCUACCCGUUCUACUUGGGAGCUCUCUGCCGAGAAUUAUGCUGGACGAGACAUUGAUUCUACUGAUGAAAUAAUACAGGGUAGGAGAAUAAGAGUGGACAACGAGGAGGAGCGAAAUGAUGAUAACGAAAGACGGGGAAGUUACGAAGAAGUAGAAGAUGAAGAAGCAGAGGCCAUUGCUGAUCCCAGGUGGGAUAAGAUUAAAAGUAGAUUUAGGGGAACGGUGGACGAAAAUGCUGCACCCGAGAGACCCGAGUUUAAGAGGUGGAAUAAACAGGAAAGCUGGGGUAGAAAAACAUGGAGGGAAGCUUCGGAAUCCACCAUCCCUAAAAUGGUUGGUGAAGGGGUUUAUGGGGUUGGACCAGUUUUGGCUGCUUUGUCAGCUGGAAGAAGAGAGUUCUAUGCAUUGUAUAUGCAAGAAGGACUGGACUUGAAAAACAACAAUAAGACGAAGAAGGACAAGAAAGGCUUUGAGAAAGUUCUGAGGUUGGCUGAAAGGAAUGCAUUAUCUAUAAAGGAAAUAUCGAAGCAUGAUCUCAAUAUGAUUUGCGAUAACCGCCCGCAUCAAGGUCUUGUGCUGGAUGCUUCUCCUCUGGAGAUGGUAAAAAUAAAAGAAUUGGACCCUGUUUCGCUCGAAGAAGACAAAGGCUCACUUUGGUUAGCUUUGGACGAGGUUACAGACCCCCAGAACUUGGGGGCAAUCAUAAGAUCAGCUUAUUUCUUUGGUGCAUCAGGGGUUGUGCUAUGUGCAAAGAAUUCAGCUCCAUUAAGUGGUGUUGUUAGUAAAGCAAGUGCCGGUUCACUUGAGCUAAUGGAGCUUAGAUAUUGUAAGAACAUGAUGCAAUUCUUAACAUCCUCAGCCGAAAACGGUUGGAGAGUCCUCGGAGCUUCGGUUUCUUCAAAAUCCCUUGAUUUGAAAGAGGUACAACCCGGUGCACCGACCAUUCUAGUUCUAGGCAGUGAAGGCACUGGUUUGAGGCCCUUGGUAGAGAGAUCCUGCUCACAGCUCGUUCGGGUCCCUGGGAAUAUUCCAGUUGAUGUAACCAUGGAGAAAGACAACGAUGCCGAACCCGCACAAACAACCAAUGGGUGCUCGAUAGACGAGUUUCGAUCGUUUAUGGCCGUGGAGAGCUUAAACGUCAGUGUAGCAGCAGGUGUGCUUGUUCACCACUUAAUUACAUAAACGAUCCAUUAGAAACCUGUGUGUCACAUUAAGUUGCAUUCAUUACAGAGUAGAUCCAUUCAUUUUUUUUAUGUUCAUUGUUGCAAUCAAAUGACGUGGGUUUUUGUUUUUAAUGAUGGCUUAUAAUUGGUGUUCGAAGUGACAUGUCACGCUCUCCAUGUUCAUCAUUUAUAAAAGGAAACCAAGUUGGCAAUUGCCAUGUGAGUUGGCCUUA